AUGUACUUCGUCUGCAUAGGAUAUCAUAGAUUAUGACGUAAAGAAGGCAUAGAUCGCAGCACUUAUGAUGUGUUUAUGUGGACCGCGGUGGAUUUUAACGUAACGUAUCUUGCUUGAAAAUAAAAAUUCUCGUAUUUUAUACAAUUAUGGAUUUACUACCAGAGCACGAUUCAAUGUUUUGGAAAAUUGGUAGAUUAAAGACGUUCGAAGAUUGGCCUUUUCAGUCCUCUGAUAAUUCAUGUAAUCCUGAGAAAAUGGCUGCUGCUGGUUUUUUUGCUGUAGGUGGUAAGGAAGAACCUGACUUGGUUGAAUGUUUUAUUUGCUCCAAACAACUUGAUGGCUGGGAUCCUGAUGAUGAUCCAUGGGACGAGCAUGUAAAACAUCAUUCAGAAUGUUUCUUUAUCAGUUUAGGAAAACCUGAUGAGACUUCAUGGACUGUGUAUGAGUUAUUUGAUUUGUUCAAAAAAUAUGCAAUAAAAGAAUGCACACGCAAGUUGAACAAAGCUAUAGCUAAGGCAAAAGAAGAAAGUAUUCGACUAGUACAUGAAAUACCUCACAUUUAUAAAGGAUUAAGAAAGAACUCUAAAUAUCAGAGUUAAGAUUUUGGUAAAGUAAUCCAAGACUGGUUAUGUGCAUAGUUCUAUUUAUACAACUAUGACUUAAUUUUUUUAUUCUCUAAUAAAAUUUGUCACUGAGAAAAUAAUACUAUAUCUUCCUUUUGGUGAGAGUGUUUACUCCUGUUCCUUUCUUUCUUAUUCUCUUGUAUGUUUUUGUUUUCUGUUGUAAAUUAAAUAGUAUACAUAAUACUGUGUUGUAUACUCAAGAAAGAAGGAGAUAAUUCAUUUGAUAAUGAUCUAAGAUUAGCAAAAGCAAUAAAAUUGAAGUGUAGAAGACAUUGGGAACUUAUCUUGUUAAAGCAAUUUACAAUGUCCAUUCUUGUCAAACUUGUAUAAUUUUAUCAGUGACAUCUUAAUUCCAAUUUAUUAUCUAAUUUUGAUACGAAAUAUUAAUGUUAAAAAGAUAGACAACAACUGUUUAGUAUACAUAUACGGAUAUUACGAUAUCG